AUGGUGAAACGAGCAUCUUCCUUUUGUCUCCUCUCAUGUGUCGUUGUGUUGUUAUUCAGUUUAGUCUCAGCAGUCCCAGAUAAUCGUCAAGAUAAUCAGGUGUACAUUGUUUACAUGGGUUCACUUCCGUCCCGACCGGACUACACACCACUGUCGAAUCACAUAAGCAUUCUUCAAGAACUAGCCGGAGAAAGUUACAAGAGGAGUUUUAACGGGUUCGCCGCCCGACUAACCGAGUCAGAACGAGAACGUGUAGCCGAAAUGGAGGGAGUUGUGUCUGUGUUCCCAAACAAGAAGUUGAAACUCCAAACGACUGCGUCUUGGGACUUCAUGGGGUUAAAGGAAGGAAAGGGUACAAAGCGAAACUUGGCAGUAGAGAGUGAUACUAUUGUCGGAGUCAUAGACACUGGUGUUUGGCCAGAAUCCGAGAGCUUCUCGGGCAAAGGCUUUGGUCCUCCUCCAAAGAAAUGGAAAGGUGUUUGCUCGGGCGGCAAAAACUUCAAAUGCAACAACAAGUUGAUCGGAGCAAGAGACUACACAGGCGAAGGCACUAGGGACAAAGAAGGCCACGGUUCACACACAGCGUCUACAGCUGCUGGAAACGCAGUUGCGGGAACGAGCUUCUUCGGAAUAGGUAAUGGAACGGCUAGAGGCGGCGUUCCAGCCGCAAGAAUUGCUGCUUAUAAAGUCUGCAUCCCGACAGGGUGUACCUCACAAGAUAUACUGUCUGCGUUCGAUGACGCCAUAGCAGAUGGUGUCGAUGUCAUUAGUAUAUCCCUUGGGGAUGACCAAGUCAACCCGUAUGAAAAGGACCCCAUUGCAAUCGGAGCUUUUCACGCUAUGGCCAAAGGGAUUAUCACUGUGAAUUCAGCCGGCAACAGCGGUCCAGAUCCCAACACGGGCAGCGUUGCGCCGUGGAUAUUAUCUGUUGCAGCCAGCACCAUGAACCGUGAGUUUCUGACAAAAGUUGUUCUCCGAAAUGGAAAGACACUUGUGGGGAAAUCAGUGAACGCUUUUGAUCUCAAAGGAAAGGACUAUCCUCUUGUCACAGGAGGAACUCUGCGCGAGGGAAAAAUAUUUGUGAGCGGAUAUCCAUUUAGUGAUGCAACAGCUGUUGCAACUGUAGUAGAAGACAACAAAAACUACGCCUCCAUUAGCCCUCGUCCCCUCUCUGCUCUAUUACUAGAUGACUUUGAGAUUCUCCUCUCUUACAUUAACUCCACAAAGUCCCCACAAGGCACUGUUCUUAAAACUGGGGCAGUCUUUCAUCAGAGAGCUCCUAAAGUUGCUUCGUUUUCUUCUCGUGGUCCAAACACCGUCGCUGUUGAUCUUCUAAAGCCGGAUAUAACAGCACCAGGAGUGGAGAUUCUCGCUGCGUAUUCACCUCUGAGUCCACCAUCUGUAGGAGACCAGAGACGUGUGAAUUACUCUGUUGUAUCUGGAACUUCAAUGUCUUGUCCACACGUUGCUGGCGUGGCUGCAUACAUCAAGACUUUUCAUCCUGAGUGGUCUCCAUCCAUGAUCCAAUCUGCCAUCAUGACAACCGCUUGGUCGAUGAAUGCUUCUGGAACUGGAGCUGCAUCAACUGAGUUUGCUUAUGGAGCUGGCCAUGUCGACCCAAUAGCCGCUCUAAAUCCUGGACUUGUCUAUGAACUGGAAAAAGCAGACCACAUCGCCUUUCUCUGUGGCUUGAACUACACUUCCAAAACCCUUAAACUCAUUACCGGUGAAGCCGUCACUUGCACUGGAAAGACCUUACCAAGGAACCUCAACUAUCCUUCAAUGUCGGCUAAACUUUCGGAAACUAAGAGCUCCUUCACCGUCACUUUCAAAAGAACCGUCACCAACCUCGGUCCCUCCAACUCUACAUAUAUAUCAAAGAUUGUGUUAAAUCACGGGUCUAAGCUCAACGUCAAGGUUACGCCUAAUGUCCUGUCCAUGAAGUCGGUGAACCAAAAACAGGUUUUCACGGUGACUGUUACAGGCCGUGGUCUCGACCCAAAACUGCCUUCGUCUGCUAAUCUAAUAUGGUCUGAUGGUACACAUAAUGUGAAAAGUCCCAUUGUUAUUUAUACUAGUGACUGA